AUGACUGGUAAUACGCCAGCAACACCUGGCCGUAGGUACUACACUUGUCCAUUCUCGUUCAAGGAGGGGAGUCGAGAACAUAUCUGGAAAUGGUGGGAUGAGGCUGUUACAGAGGAAUUGGAACGGUUGAAGAUUGACCUUGGGAACCAUAAGGAGAAAUUGCAAGUGCUUGGCAGGGAUCAAGCUUUUGAUCCUCGUUUCAUGCGUUUGGAGAAUCUUUUCCAGUCAUUGGAGAGGUCUAUGGAAUGCAAUGAAUUGGUCGGAGACAUUCGGGAAAUGAAAGAUGAGAUACUCCGGCUUCAAGGAGACUUUGUUUGGAUGACGGAGCAAAACACCAGAGGUGACCACUACUUGAUGCUGGCGUUGCUGUUCGUGUUUGCAGCCAUUGCGUAUAUGUUAAGUACAAGUCAGUUUCCUUAUGUUUAG